AUGGCGCUGCGAUCCGAUAUCAAUGGUACCUCUACGCCCACUGCUGAGUCAAAUGGAGUCGCCUCGGCAGCGAGACCCAGACCGAACGGCCGCUCAACCUCCAACGAUACUACUGGAAACGACGAAAACGACCAACGGCCCUUGAGCGCACCAGGCCGUCGAAACGGAAGCAUAGCCCUGGAAACGAGAGACGAUAUCGAGCACCAGCAGCAGACGCGGCCUGCGAAGCCGUUACUACUCCGAUCGAAGAGCGACUACGCGCCACGGCCGAUGGAUGAGCCUGAGCCUAUAGAAGAAGACAUACCUGAUUGGGGUGCUAGACACGGUUUCGAAGACCAUUAUCAAUCCGAAGAUAUUAUAUCUCAACUGGCUAACAAUUGGUACAUGUACUAUACCGAUAAACGACAUGAAACGACAGGCAAACCAAAACCACCCCAGUACGAGCUCCAAGAUUGGCGACAGAGGGACAGGUUAAAAACAGUAUCUGCAGCUCUUGCAGUAUGCUUGAACAUAGGAGUUGAACCUCCCGACCAACUGAAAACCAACCCAGGAGCGAAACUCGAGGCAUGGACAGAUCCGACCGUUCCCCCAAUUCAAAAAGCCCUCGAAAACAUUGGCAAGGCUCUACAGGCACAAUAUGAAACUCUCGCGAUAAGAGCGCGAUAUAAACAGUACCUGGAUCCUUCUGUCGAAGAGACGAAGAAAUUCUGCAUCUCACUACGUAGAAAUGCCAAAGAGGAACGUGUUCUUCUCCAUUACAACGGACAUGGUGUUCCCAAACCCACAGCAUCAGGCGAAAUAUGGGUUUUUAAUAAGAAUUAUACCCAGUAUAUCCCAGUAUCUUUGUACGACCUACAACAUUGGCUGCAAGCUCCUACUAUUUUUGUUUGGGAUUGUUCUGAAGCUGGCAAUAUCCUGAACAAUUAUCACAGAUUUGUCGAGAAGCACGAAGAGGAAGAGGAUGAAGCUGCAGAGCGGGACCCCAACUACACAAAGACGAAUUUCCGGCCCUAUAUUCACCUGGCUGCAUGUGCUGUGAAGGAGAAUCUUCCAACAAACCCUCUGCUGCCUGCCGAUCUCUUUACUGCCUGUCUCACUACUCCUAUCGAGAUGGCUCUUUGGUUCUUUGUUCUACAAAACCCUCUCAAAACAAAAGUCAGUCCAGAGCGAGCGAAAAAGCUGCCUGGCCGACUUCAAGAACGGCGAACUCCACUUGGUGAGCUUAAUUGGAUAUUCACCGCCAUCACAGAUAGCAUCGCGUGGACAACGUUGCCGCGUGAUCUAUUUCGCAAGUUUUUCCGACAGGAUCUCAUGGUGGCAGCUCUCUUCCGCAAUUUCCUGCUGGCCCAGCGUGUUAUGACUGUCUAUGGCUGCCACCCUCAGUCUUAUCCCAAGCUGCCAGAUACUCAUCAACAUCCAUUGUGGGAGACCUGGGACUUGGCUGUAGAUAUGGCGCUAUCUCAGCUCCCCGCGCUGGAGAAGAAGGAGAGCGAAGGCUAUGACUACGAGUAUCAGAACUCGAGCUUCUUCACGGAACAACUUACCGCUUUCGAUGUCUAUCUUACAAGAGGCGAUGCAAUGGCUCAAAAGUCGCCCGAUCAGUUGCCUGUCGUGUUACAGGUUCUACUCAGCCAACAGCAUCGUGUUCGGGCUCUUAUCUUACUUGGGCGUUUCCUUGACUUGGGCCCAUGGUCUGUUCAGCUCGCUCUGAGUAUAGGUAUCUUCCCAUACGUUCUCAAACUUUUGCAGUCUGCUGCAGCUGAACUGAAGCCCGUCAUGGUUUUUAUCUGGGCACGUCUCAUUGCUGUGGACCUUUCUUGUCAGCAGGAUCUCAUUAAAGACAGCGGUUACAGUUACUUUGCACAAAUCCUCAAGCCUUCUGAGGGGUUGCCUGUCGUUGAUAGCGAUGAGCACAAAGCUAUGUGCGCGUUCAUUCUGGCAAUGCUUUGCAAAGACUACAAGAAUGGCCAGAUGGUUUGUAAUCAGACAGACAUUAUGACUUACUGCUUGACCCAUCUUCAAAAUGAAGAGAACCCCCUCCUCCGACAAUGGGCUUGUCUUUGCAUAAGCCAGUUAUGGCAAGACCUCCCAGAGGCGAAAUGGCGAGGUAUCAGGGAGAACGCGUACGUCAAGCUGGCUUAUCUCGUGAGAGACCCUUGUUUUGCAGCUUACGAACAGCUAGUUGAGGAGAAGGAGUAUCUCAUCUUCCCUCCCCAAGAUGAUGGCCAGGAACACAAAAUGGGCUUGCAUUACGCAAGGCCAGAAAACCGCAACAAGGACGGCACCAUCAAACCAAUGGCCCAUGGUCUUUCUCAUAACACCGUAUACAUGGCCUUAUGGAAGUUGGCUCUAGUACUCAGUGUGGAUCCUCACCCUGAGGUACAACGAGAAGCUACUAUUGUGGUAGACUAUGUUCACCACGCGCUUCUCAGCUCAAAGGUCGGAGCUCAGACGCAACUUGUCAUGGCCGAGAUUCAAAAGCGUGCGACAAGAAUGGCAAAUAGGCACAUGCCCAACACAAGCCAACGGAACAAUACUAUUGGUUCUUCGAUCUCGCAGCCAUUACCUUCACCGGGACUCUUGCGCCGAACAGCCAGUUUGCUCUUUCCCUCAUUAGUCAUCAAUGAAGACAAAUCGAGACCAACAACACCGACCCUGCCUCGAUCACCGUCGAUGAAACUCGUUCCGAAUCAAGUGCCCGUGCCUCCUGAACAGAACGACCGCACCUCAGCGCAGGCGUUGUACAAUGUUGCGCAUGAACCGUAUUCAGGUGCAUUCAAAGAGCGAGAUUUGACAAAGCCCCCCACGCUCCCACUCAAGAGCAGAUUCCUGGAAUGGUCCAUUGAGUACUUCCGUGAACCACAGAUGAAACCAAGCGAAGCAGACGAGCCGGGAAGCACCGAGUACAAUGAACGGCUUUGGCGAAGAGCUCGAAAUGAAACCAUUUUCCGAGAAACUCAGCCAUUAAAGCAACAAGCGGGAAGCCACAAGUGGAACAAUCAGCUUGGAAUUGUUAAUAAUGGGGCUCAGCCUGCAAAGAUGACCUUCCAUCAAUUUGAGGACCAUCUUGCUGUUGCAGAUGAGGGCAACACAGUUUACGUGUGGGAUUGGAAGAAGCAGGGUCGAUUAAGCCGUUUCAGCAACGGAAAUCCAGAAGGUUCCAAGAUCAGCGAUAUGAAAUUUAUCAAUGAGGAUGACCAAGCGAUGUUGCUUACAGGGUCUUCCGAUGGUGUGAUCAGAGUAUAUCGCAACUACGAAUCGGACAGAGCCAUCGAGCUUGCUUCUUCUUGGCGCGCCUUGACACACAUGGUACCCAGUAACGUCAACUCAGGAAUGGUGUUCGAUUGGCAGCAGGUCACAGGCCGGGUCCUCGUUGCUGGCGAUGUUCGAGUUAUUCGGGUAUGGUAUGCGGCUUAUGAGACCUGUGUCAUGGAUAUUCCAGCGCGCUCGGGAUCCUGCGUUACUUCCCUAACUUCUGAUCAAAUGACUGGCAACAUGUUUGUUGCCGGCUUUGGAGACGGUGCUGUUCGCGUCUUCGAUACAAGGAACAGACCUCAAGAGUCAAUGGUGCGCAAGUGGAAGGAUGAAUCGGAUCGGCAAUGGGUCAAGAGCGUUCAUAUGCAGCGUGGUGGUCAACGGGAGCUUGUGAGCGCAAGCAGGAACGGUAAGGUGAAAAUCUGGGAUAUCCGUAUGGACAAGCCCCUGCAUUCGUUCCAAACAACACGAGACACGCUUCGGACUGCCAGCACACAUGAACACCUACCGGUCUUUGCAGUGGGCACAUCGGCUCACACCGUCAAAGUAUUCAACCUUGAUGGUCAUGAGCUCUCGAGCGUUGAGCCUUACUCGAGCUUCUUGCAACAGAAUCGCAGCUCGGCUAUCUCAGCAACCGCAUUCCACCCUCAUCGGCCAAUCCUAGGAUGCGCUGCUCGAGGUGACCACCACAUCAAUCUUUUCACAUGCGAGAAAUCCGAAUCUAUGUCCUCAAAUUAG